AGAUGUCUUUCAAUUAGUGAAACCUGUCAAUUCAUGUCAAUUCAUAUGUCGUGUCUCCGUACCUUCUAUAGGAUACCAUAUCGAUCAUCUAUACUACGUCCAUCUACGCGAUUCACUGGUGCUUGGCGCACAUUCGCAACCAUGGCGACGACUACGAACACUAAUAACUAUAAGUUCAACCACUCUAUGCUGAGAGUGAAGGACCCUAAAGCAUCCGUCAAGUUCUACGAAUUCCUAGGCAUGAGCCUAGUCAAACACCUCCAAUUCCCGGAAGCAAAAUUCGACCUCUACUUCCUGGGAUACGACGGGCCGGCCGCGCACUCUCACGGGAACAGCACGUUCGACCGGCAAGGGCUCGUGGAGCUGACGCACAACUACGGCACGGAGGACGACCCGAACUACAAGAUCAACAACGGCAACGCGGAGCCCCAUCGUGGUUUCGGCCACGUGUGUAUUUCCGUGGAUCAUAUACAGGCCGCGUGUAAGAGGAUCGAGGACGCCGGGUAUAGGUUCCAGAAAAAACUCCAGGAUGGACGGAUGAAACAUAUUGCGUUUGUGUUGGACCCGGAUGGGUAUUGGGUUGAGGUUGUUAGUUUGAGGAGGGGGAGUAAGGGCGCGGAGGACCCCGAGGAGGAGGGGCGGGAGACGGAUGUUGGGACGUAUCGGAUGAACCACACGAUGAUCCGCGUCAAGGACGCCGAGAAGAGCCUUAAGUGGUACCAGGACGUCCUAGGCAUGAGCCUGUUCCGCACCGUCGAGCAGCCCGCUGCUAAGUUCAACCUGUAUUUCCUCGGGUAUCCCGGGACAAAAGGUGUUCCUGAAGAUGGGUUCACAGCUGAUUAUGAGGGGUUGUUGGAGCUGACGUGGAAUUAUGGGACGGAGAAGGACGAGUCGUUUAAGUAUCAUGAUGGGAACGCGGAGCCCCAGGGCUUCGGACAUAUCUGUGAGUACCUAGUAUCUGGCAAUUUCUUGGGAGAGGGGCGGCAAGAAUCGGAGCUAAUAGAGGAUAGGCGUUUCGGUCGAUAAUCUCGAUGCGGCGUGUUCGAGGUUCGAGACGUUGAAUGUUAACUGGAAGAAGAGGCUUACGGAUGGUCGG